UUUAAGUUAUGUGCAUCCUUGGGUUCAAAAGUUAUGUGUAUGAAAAGUUUGUACUAUUCCCAAUCUAUCUCGGUCAUCGAAAUGGCGGAUAAGUCGGUAGUUCUAAUAAGUUCUGGGUGUAUUGAUGGUCUGUAUUAUUGAGACGUAAAGUAUCCCUUUUCGCGGCAAACAAGGAAAAUGUAUAAAAAAUCCAAUAACACGUACUUCAAAGUGACGGAUAGAUCUACUUUUGGAUCAUCAAUAAUCAAAGAUUUGAAGUUGCUGCGAUUGUUAGUCGAAAAAAGAUCUACCAAGUUCAAGAACGUUUGGAGCAAAAAGUCCAAAGAUCCCAUAGGCUUUGACUGCGGACACUUAUUUCUUGAUAAAUUUCGAACAUCCUUCAGUACAAAUGGAAAGCCUAAAGAGCUGUACAGAAUGCAGCCCUUAAGGUCUUCUGAGAAAGUCGAGUCGGCUGUCGUAUUUGAAAGCCCACUAGACCAACAGUCUUUUGUUAGCACAGUGGAGACAAAGGGAUUCAAGUCGUGUGUUGUAGGAGUUACUGCCAAUGGUUUCCUCUUCAGGCAAGACGUAGAUACCGGGAAAAGGCUACAGACUGUGUUUUUAUCCCGAACUAUCAAGUUUAAGAAUAUAUUCUGGGAGAGUGAUCUCACUAGACUUGUAAUCAAGUCUGUCCAUUCUAAACCCCUUCCCAGAGUUAUAAGUGGUAACAACCCUCAUGUCAAUAAUGUAUUACUGCAUCUGGCUUUGUUUGAUGUAGCACCUUUGAAGUUUGUAGCAUUGAUCCCAAUAGAAAGAUCUUUGUUUGGUUCUACUAUCACUGAUGCUACAUCCUCUAUGGGAAUUCUGUUUGUCAUGCAUCGCUCUGGUCUAAUCCAGCUUUACAGCACUCAAGAAAUAAUAGACAAAUAUUCCCAGAUUACAGACCUUGGCAAACCAUACACCAUAAAUACUUCUGCUUGCAGUAAUCCUGCUAGCGAAUUCCAUGCCAACAAUAUUGACGGGACAGGGAUUGUAGGAAGUCACCCAUUUGGCAUACCAGUCAAUGUCCACAUGGUUACCAAACCAACACUUUUAUUGGAGGUUUCAAGUCACCAGCACUCGUUAUCUUUUGGUGGAUUCCCCUGGCAUUUUGUGGUGAGCCCUCCUAGGCAAAGUAGCGUGUUCCAUGUGUACUCCAUCAAAGAGAAGGAACUAGUUGGAAAUGGUAUAAUUAAGUCAGAUGUGUUGUCAGUGGAACCUGAUCAGGCUUACUUUCAUGCCGAUCAUAGUGGCCGACUUCUACAUAUUUGCCCACAUUCAAUAAGGUUUUUAAAGCUGAAGACUCUUGGGGAUCUUGGAGUAGGGCAACUAGUGUUGGAUACUUGCUUUUCUAUUUCAACAAGAGACAACCAAAGUAAUAGAUCAACCAAAGGGCAAACAAGUUACACAUCAUCAGGUCGACUGGUGAAGUGCGUCUCAAGUGACGGUUACCAUGACCCUGAAUAUGACUCCAUUCAAGAUCUGGAUUAUGAAGACGAACUUGACCUGGUGGCGGUUCUGUCUUCCCGGGACUGCAGCACUGGUCACAUUGGCUUGUAUGAUAACCAGACAGGGGUACUUGUAAAAGAGAUUACCCUUGACAACUGGGAUGAUGAAAGCGAGCACUCUAUUAUGAUGGAGAGAGACCUCAUUGUGCACAUUUGCAGAACCCCAUUUAAAAAGUUCUCUUGCACCUUGUAUAGAUUAACGAGCUGAAAAUGUGUUGUAGAACUUUUAUAGCUGUUCUCUUUGUAAAUAUGUUUUUUAAUCUGUAAAACAAGUAAAGACCAUAUGCCAUAUUUAGAAAUACAAAGAGGAACAAGAGCUCAUUAGCCUUGUUGUCCAUGCUACCUUCGCUUCUCUUUGUUACGUAAACCCUAAACUAAUCAGGACAAUGGGAUGUCUGGUGUUAUAUAUGAAUUCCCAAGACAACAUAUCAAGAUCGAUAGGUUACGACCCUAGGGCAUUUGUUGAAUAUUGAAUAAUUUACAAAAGCGCAUUUUUGUUUGCUUCCCCCGCAAUAAGACCUUUCACUUAAAAGAGAGAGAGAGAGAGAGAGAGUAGCCUGCCUAGCGGCUCAAGGGAAGGGGGACGCAGGCAAGAGAGAGAACACGCAUACCGUAAACUGUAAUCUUUGCACCUUGGGGGUGCUUAUUUUUGUUGGGCCUUGUGGGAUGCGUGGGAGCCAGUUUUUUUUUCAAGUUCCGUUUUGAUGACAAGUAGGCUGUAAGUAGGUGCUCAGAUGUUUAUGAAGUCUUCAUUUUCUAAUUAAACAUUUUAACAAGUC